GACAAUCAAAGAUAAAACAGACGAAACAAAGAUAAAGCAAAGUUUAUAGCCCGGCUAAGGCUACGGUGGUUACGGUAGAGCUAUGUAAGGAUUAAAGCUUUCUUACUCCUAGCAUUUACAUCUUUGAGGUUAUUUGGUAGCAGUUUUUCGGAGCAGUUAGCGUGACUUCUGUCCCUUUCCUCCAGCAAGUAUCAACCUAUCUCCAUGUGUUGUCCUCGUUGAGAGGUGUUCGUUGACCGACAAACUAUUUUAGUUUUAAGACGCUAGUCCGAAGAUGAACAAUAAAUUAACUUCAGAGCAAAUAGACGGAACUACAAGGCUUGGCCAUGAACAACUUGCCAACGGAAACAUUGAUGAUGCUUGCAGCUCUUUCGAAAAGGCCGUUCAGCUUGCAGAGGACCUGAAGGAAGGCUUUACAGCGAGAGCGUGCUAUUUCAAUCUGGGAGCUUGUUAUGUUGCUCGAGGAGAUCCUAAACGUGGUGUAGAAUUCUUACUAAAAGCUUUUCCACCCGACAAGGAAUCAGACGGCAGAACAAAUUACGCUGAUUUACAAUACAAUUUGGGAACAGCUUAUGACGCUCUAGGAGACCUACACAAGGCUGUUGAAUGCUACGAGAUUGCAGCCGAGGAAUACAGAACUCAGGAGAACCAGGAGAUGAGAGGGGAAACACUUCUAAGGCUAGGGAAAGACUGGACGAGUAUCGGUGAAUUGAAAAAAGCCGCAGAAAUUUACGAGCAAUGCGCCCAAAUUUUCCAAGAAAUGGGUGAUAAAAACACUCAAUUACUAAUCCUCAACAACCUUGCUAGCUUGUUGGCUGACCUGCGUGACAUUGCGAGUUGCGGUAAAGUUCUUACUCAAGUUAUUGAACUUUGUCUAGAAGUUGAAGACAAUGCUUUGAAAGGUAAAGUCUACAAUGACAUUGGUCUACUUUACAAUGGAUUAAAGUCGUAUGAGAAUGCUGCAGAGUGUUUCGAACUGGCAAUUCCUCUCAUGCGAACAGAGAAUCCUGACAAGAAACUGGAAGCUGUACUUCAACAAAAUCUAGGAGCUGUGUACAAUCAACUUAAACAAUUCAACAAAGCAAUGGAGUGCCACAGGCAGGCAAUCUCCCUACAUGGUGAACUGUCCAACAGAGCAGCACAAGGGCAGGCCUUCUGUAAUAUGGGUUUUGCUCAAAGUCAGCUUGGAGAAUUCAACAAGGCUGGAGAGAGUUUCACACAUGCAAUCCAAGCAGCAAAGGACUCUGAUGACAAAAGAGGCUUGUGGCAAGCUUAUGAGGGUUUAGCAGCAGUGAGCUUUCUUGGACAGGAUUAUGACAAAGCUGUUGAGUAUUACAAGUUAGCAUUAUCAGUUCUGUCAACUACAGGAGAAGUGGAAGUUGAACACAACAACAGAAUUGUCAGCAAACUUGCCAAUGCCUUAGAGUGCCAGUUGGUUUUGACCAAAAAAUUAAAUGGAAGGCUUCCACCCUUAAGAGGUAACAGUGUUAAGAGUGAUGCUACAGUCACAAAAGAGAGGGUCAGAAAGAGCAAACGAGUAGGAAAGACUCGUUCCAGACAGGAACACCACCAGCUGAUUGCAAGAGGAAUUGAUGGGGACCAGACAUCUACAGAAGAAUCAGGGGAAUCAGGUUCGACAGAAUCAUCUAGCGAGGAGGAGAUAAAACAGAAGGAACAAACAUUAAGGGAUAGACAACGCAGGCAGAGUACAGUAACCACUGAAGUUCAAGUUCAUCAUGAACGGAAGCCUUCAAGUCAAAAAAGUGGAAGAAAAUUGACAUCCACAGAUUCUACUGAAGAGGAACAGGUUGUGAAGGAUAGGGAAAGGAAAGAUAGAAAACCACGGCAUUCUCGAAAACCAAGAAAUACAUCUUUCAAAGAACCACUCAAAGCAACACAAGUAGAGAACCACUAUGAGCCGGUAGUUGAUGAUAGAGUGGCUUCUCCUGCAAGGAGUGAUCAUUCUGAUGAGAUGCCAAGAGCACAUAGAGAAGCAUACCUAGCAUCAGUACAGGCUUCUGCUGGAAACAGGCCAGAGCCAAACAGAACAGAUGAGCGAGACGGGCAAAGUGUUCAGUCUAGAACUUGUGUUAUUCAGUAAUAAGUAGACUUCUACUGAAAAUGUCUGAUCAGCAUCAAUGGAAAUUAUUUUGAUAUUACAUGUACACGCAAAGCUUUAAAAUAUCAGUAUGGAAUUAUUAAUAGAUUUCUAUUUUUGUAUCUUAAAAUUACAAUGUAGAUCUCCUAAAGGUUGUGUGGUUCUCCAGUAAAAAUAAUGGGUCUGCUAGUCUUGGUCAACUAAUUUGUAAAGAGUUGCAGUUAGUCUGAUCCUGGCUGAGGGGUUUGUCUAAACAGUUAAUUUGUAAACUGCACAAGAGUAUGGAAAAAAACAAUAAAUAAAAGGAACUCAAUAACAAUAACAACGCACAAUAUCAUCCCCAAAGGUAACUCCAAUGACUGCAAUGUUAUAUUAUUAUACCCAAAACCAAAUUUUAUUCAAUCACCAGAAUCCAAUUAAAUCCAGCUUGAAAAACUUAAGCUUUUCAUUGUAAAGUUUGCUUUACAUAUCUUGACUGCCCAAAAUAGUGAGUGAAAUUAGUGGCUUUACACCUUUUAUAGUUUCCCUUAAACAACUUUUAGACAAGGUUAUGGAAUAACUGGGUAGGAUUAGAUUGUCAAUGGCAAUUUAUAGGUUAAGUGGAACACACUUAUGUUGUGCAGGCUGAUACAUUUAGUGAGGAGUGUUAAAAAAUGCAAGGCAGCUUCGUACUGACUGCAGUUUAAAUAGCCUCUAGACGGAAUGAAAAGUCUGUUGGACUCCCACACAAAAAGGAUGGGGGUGCUUCUUGUACCUUUUAGGGGUUAGAAAAGUUAGCCUCAAAGGGUCCAUAGCAGAAGCUUUUGUGGGACCUUUUAGGGUAUUGAGCCAAACAAAAUAUAAGAGUCGAGACAAUGUGCUGUUUUAGAAUUGGCACCUUUUAGGGAUGAAAAAAUUUCAAGCUAUGCUCACAAAACGGGAUCUUGGUAC